CACAACAUAUAUAUACAUAAGUUGCCUGUAUUCUUCACCGCACACUCAGAAAACUCGCACACAGAACACCUACUAAAACUCUCGCGAAUUCAAGAGCUAACCAGCAUUGAUCUUUAUUCAUAUAGUUCAAGAAACUAGCAGUCAUUCUUGAUAGUAUUCCGACUAUGGCGAAAGCUGAAGGCAAGGCUAUUGGCAUUGAUCUCGGUACGACUUACAGCUGCGUCGGCGUGUGGCAGAACGACCGCGUGGAAAUCAUACCCAAUGACCAGGGCAACAGGACCACCCCGUCCUAUGUCGCCUUCACCGACACUGAGCGACUCAUCGGUGAUGCAGCCAAGAAUCAGGUGGCCAUGAACCCGCAAAACACCGUUUUUGACGCUAAGCGUCUAAUUGGCCGCCGAUUCUCCGACCCUACUGUUCAGAGUGACAUGAAGCUCUGGCCAUUUAAGGUUGUUCCUGGCCCUGGUGACAAGCCCAUGAUUCAGGUUCAGUUUAAGGGGGAGCAGAAGCUGUUUGCACCCGAAGAGAUUUCGUCCAUGGUUUUGACGAAAAUGAAGGAAAUUUCGGAGGCUUUUCUUGGGCAAACUGUGAAGAAUGCUGUGGUUACGGUUCCUGCUUAUUUCAAUGAUUCGCAGCGGCAGGCGACGAAGGAUGCCGGUGCGAUUGCUGGGCUGAACGUUAUGAGGAUCAUCAAUGAGCCCACUGCUGCUGCUAUUGCUUACGGUUUGGACAAGAAGGCCUCGAGGAGUGGAGAGAAAAAUGUGUUGAUUUUCGAUCUGGGUGGCGGGACUUUCGAUGUCUCAUUGCUGACUAUAGAGGAAGGGAUUUUUGAGGUGAAAGCCACCGCCGGAGACACCCAUUUGGGCGGCGAAGAUUUCGACAACCGGCUGGUGAAUCAUUUUGCGGCGGAGUUCAAGAGGAAGCACAAGAAGGAUAUCAGCGGCAACGCCAGAGCUCUGAGGCGACUGAGAACUGCCUGCGAGAGGGCGAAGAGGACUCUGUCUUCGACCACUCAGACGACGAUUGAGAUCGAUUCUUUAUACGAGGGUAUUGAUUUCUACGCCACCAUCACGAGGGCUCGGUUCGAGGAGCUGAACAUGGAUUUGUUCAGGAAAUGUAUGGAGCCAGUGGAGAAGUGUUUGAGGGAUGCCAAGAUUGACAAGAGCAGUGUCCAUGAUGUGGUUCUUGUCGGAGGAUCAACUAGAAUUCCCAAAGUUCAGCAAAUGUUACAAGAUUUCUUCAAUGGGAAGGAGCUUUGCAAGAGUAUCAAUCCGGACGAGGCUGUGGCCUAUGGAGCAGCCGUUCAGGCUGCGAUUCUUAGCGGAGAAGGUAACGAAAAAGUUCAAGAUUUGCUGCUGCUCGAUGUCACCCCUCUCAGCCUUGGCAUUGAGACCGCUGGUGGAGUUAUGACAGUUUUGAUUCCAAGAAACACCACUAUUCCGACCAAGAAAGAGCAGAUUUUCUCAACUUACGCCGAUAAUCAGCCCGGUGUCCUGAUCCAAGUCUACGAAGGAGAGAGGCCUUUGACUAAGGAUAACAAUCUCCUCGGCAAAUUUGAGCUCAAGGGCAUCCCACCGGCACCAAGAGGUGUGCCACAAAUCAACGUCUGUUUUGACAUUGACGCCAAUGGUAUACUAAACGUGUCAGCUGAGGACAAGACGGCAGGUGUUAAGAACAAGAUCACAAUCACAAAUGACAAGGGUAGAUUGAGCAAGGACGAGAUCGAGAGGAUGGUCCAGGAGGCUGAGAAGUACAAGGCUGAGGACGAGGCCGUGAAGAAAAAGGUGGACGCAAAGAAUGAACUGGAGAACUAUGCGUACAACAUGAGAAAUACAGUGAAGGACGAGAAGAUUGCCUCAAAAUUGGAUCCUUCUGAGAAGCAGAAGAUCGAGAAGGCGAUCGAUGAGGCUAUUGAAUGGUUGGACAAAAAUCAAUUGGCUGAAGUGGAUGAACUCGAGGACAAGUUGAAGGAGUUGGAGAAUUUAUGUAAUCCCAUCAUUGCCAAGAUGUACCAGGGCGCCGGUGGAGACGUGCCGAUGGGUGGUGGCGCUGACACUGCCGGAGCUGGUGGUUACGGCAAGGCUAGCUCUGGGAACACUGGUGCUGGUCCUAAGAUUGAAGAAGUUGAUUGAACUUGGUGAGAGAUGGUGGUUCAAGAGAAAGAUGUUCUGCCGUUUGCUCUGUUUCAAGCCUUGUUUCCGCAUUGAGUGUAUAACGUGUAGAAGUUGCAAAUUAGAUAUUCAGAACAAUGUGAUAAACGAAAGAUGUAUGAACGUAGUCGGUGUUGAAUAACUUGUGAGAAGUGAAUAAUUUUUUUUCUAUUUGUGAAACUAUUAGUUCCUUUU